UCUAUGCCCCUUCCCCCCCAACAUGAUCAAAACAAAACCAUUCAUGAGAAUUACAAUUGUUCAUGUUUUCCUUCUGCUUUCCCUCACUUUCUCAGAAUACGGGAUGCUAUUACAAAGAGUGGAAUCUCUUGGAAUAAACUACGGCCAAGUUGGGAAUAAUUUACCCCCACCGAACAAAGUCAUCGACCUCUUGAGCUCUCUGAGGAUCACCAAAACAAGAAUCUACGACACUAAUCCUCGGAUCCUGAACGCAUUCGCCAAUUCGAAGAUAGAGAUCAUCGUCACGAUCGAGAAUCAAGUGUUACCUUCGUUGACAGAUCCUCAACAAGCUCUCCGAUGGGUCGAUUCACAUAUCAAACCCUAUUUCCCUGCCACUAAGAUCACAGGAAUCAUGGUGGGCAACGAGUUGUUCACUGAUGAAGACUCCAGCUUGAUCGGAUAUUUGGUACCGGCGAUGAUGAACAUCCACGGUGCCCUGGUCCAAUUAGGAAUAGACAAAUACAUUCAAGUCUCGACCCCGAAUUCCCUUGCUGUCCUGGCCGAGUCAUACCCUCCGUCGGCCGGAAGUUUCCGGCCCGAGGUUGCCGCCGUCAUGCAACAGCUAUUGGGUUUCUUGGAAAGCACGAAGUCUCCAUUUUGGAUAAAUGCUUAUCCUUUCUUCGCCUACAAGGACAACCCCACGAAAAUCUCAUUGGAUUACGUUCUCUUCAACCGUAACCUAGGCAUGACGGAUCCAAACACAAGGCUACACUACGACAACAUGUUGUACGCACAGGUUGACUCGGUCAACUUCGCAGUGGCGAAAAUGGGUUACCCCAACGUGGAAGUUAGGGUUUUGGAGACAGGGUGGCCGUCCAAGGGUGACGUGGAAGAGACAGGCGCGUGGCCUGCAAACGCCGCCGCGUACAACCGGAACUUGAUGAUGAGACAAUUCGCCGGAGAAGGAACGCCGUUUAGACGUAACACGAGGCUCGAGGUUUAUAUAUUCGCAUUGUUCAACGAGGACAUGAAACCGGGUCCAAUUUCGGAGCGCAAUUACGGGUUAUUUCGACCCGACGGAUCUUUGGCUUAUGAUUUGGGUUUCUCUUCCAUGUCUACUACUGCCGCUUCGGAAUCUUUUUCUCUUUCCUAUUCGUCCGCAUCAAAGGCGAUGGAGAAGAAAAAGACGAGCUUGGAGUAUUGCACGAUUUUGAUCAUGUUGGUGAUGAUACAAGCGAUAAUAUCAAGAAGAUUGUAAAGAGAAGAAUUAAUUAGCAUCUUUAGGACUCUAGUAAUUAACGUUGAUGAAUCAAUUAUAUAUGUAAAUUUAAUAAUUUCGAAGAAAAAUGAAAUGAUUUAUUC